AUGUCAGUUUGUUCUCUGCGUUGUUGUGUUAGUCUUGUGCCUUAAAGAGUGAAACAUUUAUAAUUCACAAUACCUUUGUAGAGUCCACUUCAUCAAACACAUGAAAUGUUAUCCCAAGCACACAGUACAAACUUAACUGGAGGGUGGAGGUAGUAACUGCAUUACAAAUGCAUUUUCAGACUGUAUAGGUCUACCUUGGAUUAUAACUGGAAGGCUGUGCAGGACUUGGGAGACCUCAUUUAUACUGUCAGCUGAUAAACUAUCAUGGGAUAGGUUGCUGUGUUCUGCACAACCUGUGAUUCUCAUACAAUCAUAAGAAACUUUGGCCCACCAUAUACUAAAGUCUAAGAAAGCUAUGCUAUGUUUUGUAAUAGCAAAUGUUUUUGUCCCUCAGCAUCCUAGGUGAUGCCUAUACAGUUGUGGAGUAUUUAUUUAACUUCAGCCUCCUUGUGACUCCAUCAGGGUAAGUACAAAAUCUUAGUUUGUUGAAGAGUCAUUGCAAAUACAGUGGUACCUCAGGUUACUUACACUUCAGGUUACAUACGCUUCAGGUUACAUACGCUUCAGGUUACAGACUCUGCUAACCCAGAAAUACUACCUCGGGUUAAGAACUUUGCUUCAGGAUGAGAACAGAAAUCAUGCUCCGGUGGCGCAGCAGCAGCAGGAAGCCCCAUUAGCUAAAGUGGUGCUUUAGGUUAAGAACAGUUUCAGGUUAAGAACGGACCUCCGGAACGAAUUAAGUACUUAAACCCGAGGUACCACUGUACUGGCCAGGAUCGAAAGAACUGAGCAGCUAGUUCUAUUAUACCAUGAGAACGGGAUUUGUUUGUUUUUUGAACAGCUCCUGAAAGGUGCAUGGCAAACCACUUGUAAGACUGGCUGGAUUGGCAAAAAUAAUUUGUGAUCUGUCAUGAGAGUCAGCGGUUUAAAUAAAACGAACAAUUCCAUUAGACCAGCAAGCCUUAGGGAGAGAGCGGAGGGUUUCAGGCCCAGCCUAUUGGCAAGGCAGGGUGAGAUGCCCACUUUGAGCGGCAGAAUACCAAUAGGCAGCACCCACCUCUCCUCCACUGCCUGUCUCUCUGCCUCCACUGGCAGUGGUGCCGGUAUCCAAUGAGAUCUCUCCGAAAUCUCACGAGAUCUCAUGGAAGCCAGCGCUGCUGCUGGUGCUUUGUGGGUGCCGCUGCACAACACAGGUAAGUGUGGUAUGGCGAGGCAGCAGCAAGCAGCAAAACAGAAUGCAUCGCCCCUGGAGUGGAUUGAUUUUAAAUUACUAAAAACAGAGACCAAUUUAAGCUAAUGUUUAAAAUCAUUUUUACUAGCCAACCACUAUAAAAAUCAAGACACAUUUGCUUGCAGUUAAGCAGAGCCAUCAUACCACAUAGGAGCAUAAUCCGAAAUCUCUCUAAUGCCCUUCAUGCUAUUUGCAGUACAACAUUUUACUGCUUAUUGAUAAGACAGAUUUUUGUUUUGCUCUGUCUAUAUAUGCAAGGUUUCUAAGCCAUAUCACUCAAAUGAAGGCUAUGACUGCAUUUCUAACUGUACUUACCAGAGGGGGAAGCCCUAUUAAAUUAAAUAGGACUUCUGAUUAGAUAUGGUUGAGAUUGCAUGGCGGGGGCUUCCGGUUACUUCAAUACGAGCUUUUUGAAAAACUAUAACCCUUAUUUGUGAAUAUGUAAUGUCAUGAUAUUUUUAAAGGAGGCAACUGAAUGGUAAAUAACUUGAGUGACCUCUUACUACGAACAUAGUGGAGUAUUUUUCCUACAACUUUAUAAUAGGUACAUAGGCAAUCCUCAUUCUAGCAGCAUUCAACUGUGGUGACUGGCUUCCUUCUCUGAUGAAAUAGCUUCAUAUAAGUGUUUUGUUUGGUACCCAGAGAUUCCAGGUAUGAUGUUAUUAAUUGUAAAAUGCUGUUUCCACUUUACAGAUCAUAACCAGUUCCAAGCACAAGAUGUCAGAAAGCCACUCAAUUCUAUCCAGUAUUCUUAAAAGAGGCAGACUGUCCUCUCCCGGCAACAGUGCAAGAUACUUCAGCUUUAAAGAUUCUUGCUCCCCUUCCAUAUUUCAUGACAGUGGAUACAAUGGAUCAUUAAAAGACCCAAGCUUUGAUUAUAAUGAUGCAGAACAUAAAGGCGAACAGAAUGAAACAGGCCUGCCUGAAUAUUCAAAACAUGCACAUUCUAGUUUAAGCACUUCAUUGUCUCCCAUUGACCAUGAAAAUGUUAUCUUUUUAUCAGAAAGAAAGGAACCAAUUACACGUACAGACUUAUAUGAAACACCAAAAGUUGUUAAAAAAGACUUGUCACUUCGCAGAAGAUUGCUUGUGUCUAAAUCAGCUUCUGUUGGUUCUUUAGGGUGUUCUGAAAAACAAGUACCUUCAGGGAGCCGUCAGAAAAAAGCAUGUUUAGCUCACUUUCUUAGUCUUGAUGAAAUAAUUUCAAAAGGUGCCUUGGAUUCUCCAAGAGAGAAGAGCUACAAGCCUUUGGCUACUAGUACUUUAAAAAGUGAGGACCCUAUUUCUGGUUGUCAGAAACUCAGGCUUGUUUUCUCUCAGCAGAGGACAUCUACAAUAGAUGAUUCAAAAUCUAAAGGUGGCUGCUUGUCCGAGCCAGGUUGUUUAUCUCCAAUCCAGCCUAAAUCAUCUACAAAUACACCUAAUAUUUUUAUUGACAAUGUUCUUAAUAGUUUUAAUGAUCAAAGCACUUGUCCAGAAUUGAUUGAAACUCCUAACUGUACAUUGUCUGAGACAAAUGAUGAUAGAUUUAUCACACCCAUCAAUAGUCUUGUAGAAGGAUUUAGUCUUAAUGUAUCUGAAAUAAAUACCCCUCCAGUUAAAGAAAUAAGUGACUUGAGCCUAUCAACCCCUGGUAGCAGCAGCUAUAAUUCACUUAGUUUAGAUAAAUCGGAGGAGUCCUUGUCAGAACAUGAGGGAUCUUUCCAAGAACUACUUCAAAAACGUACAGAAUCAUCUAGCACUCUAAACUCUAAAAGAAAGGUAAGAAAGCUACAACGCUCAAGAAGAUUAUCCACACUUUCAGAAUGUGGUUCCCAAUCAGAAAAAGAGGAGGACUGUGAUACCACUGUUGCUCAUUCAAAAUGCAUACUAAAGAUAGCUGGCUCUAUCACCGAAAGCAAUGAAUUGGUUUUUCAUGAGGAUGACAAAUGCAUGGCUCCAGAUUUUGGCAGUCUGUCAAGAACCCCUGCUUUGCACAUAGUGCGUGUGCUAUUUAUGCAAAACAGAAGUAAAAGAACAAAACAAGAUGACCUGCUGAAGAAAAUUGAUGGAGCUGACAUAUCUGCGCUGAAGUGUAUUGUGGCUCAACUCAUUGGCAGGAAAAUGGGCAUUGAGAAACUAGAUAUAUUAACAGAAUUAAGAAUCAGAGACUUAAGACAUGUUCUUACUUUGAUUUUAGAUAUCCUGACUGUGGAAAGCCUAUGCAGGUAAAAGAAACAACUUUGGGACUUUCACUGGGUGCCCCCUAGUGACAUUGUACAAGUGUAACAUAAUUGAAAUUCUGUAUACUAGUAGUGAAAUCAGUUAUCUGAGUGCUUAUGCUUAUGUAGCCAAAAUGGCACCAUCUACACACAUGGAAGGCACCAUGAGGCUUGUGAGAGCAUCAUAAUUUGCAGAAGAACAAAAAUUAUUUGGAGAAAAAUCUAAGCAAAACCCAGAGCAGGCCACAGAAGACUGAUCAUCCUUAGCGGGCACAGGUGCCUGGGGUGGGGGAUGAAAAACGGGGAAGGAAGGAAAAAUGGAAGGGAGUGGCUAUAAACCUGAAGGAUUCCAUGUUUUGUUGCAGUUACAACUUCACUCCAGUUUUCCCAUUUGGAUACCCUGUUUUUGUAUUAUGAUAACCUUUUACAAAAUGACAAAUCUUUUGGAUUCCUCCAUUAAUUAAGGUUUGGGAAUUUGGCAUAAAACUAUUAAGCAUAGCAAGGUUGAAGCAUAAAUAAUAUUUUUAAAUGCUAUGUAUUAAUGGUAAACAUUAGCAAAUAAAAUAAUAUUGUUGUCUGUCCCUCUGUGACAAGAGGGUAUGAUGAUUAAAAAUGACCAAUAUAUAUGUAAAUACCCCUAUACUUUGAUGUAUAUCAGCUUCAGAGCACUUGUCCCCUUGAUCCUGUGCUGCAGCUAUCAUUGAAGCUGAUUUAUUCGUUCUUGGUGAAGACAUUAAUGCAGAUCAGGUUCCUUGAGGACAAAGCAGCCCCAUUCUGAAUUCUAGCAAAAUGUUUGAAUUGUGGCUGAUAGCGAUUCUUUAUUUUAGUAUGUGGAAAGUAAGCAAGAACUGGCGAGAAAUUGUUAUACAAGAUAGACAUGCGAAUCGGAGGAGAAAGUUGUACAUAAAACAGCUGGCAGUUGAAGCUAAGGUAAUAUACCACUGGACGGGCAUUAUUGAGGGUGUUUGGUGAGGCAGUAUGGGUUGAAGAGGAGGAAAAGCAGAAAUAAAACUCCGUAUCUAAUAGACAUUUCAUCAGAUUAAAUUUGUUGUACUGCUUACCUGUGCUACUUAUUGAUUAAAAGAUUUAGGGUGAUAACCAACAAAUUCAUACUGAGAAUAGAAAUGUGUCUAUAAAGUAGAUUCAUAGUUUAUUGAUUUCAGUGGGCCUACUCAGUAUGACUUAGUUGGAUAUAACCCACUGUCUUUAGUGUCUAGCCACACAUUUAGCACAUUUAUUUUUAAAUAGUUCUUUCAAGACCUCUUGGGGGUUUGUUUUGAUUUUUUAAAAUGCUUCUGGCAGAUCAGUUUUGGAUUAAACCUGGUCCUUUCCGUAGUCGUCUCCCUUUGACCCGUACUCAAAUCAUCUUUAUUUCCUUUCUGUGCCAAACUAUUUUUUCAAGCUGUGUUGUAACAAAGGUGGCACACAAACCCCCAAUCUCUGCCAAGCAGUGCACAAAAUUCUGGGGGGUUCCAGCCCCUCACCCGGAGUUGUGCUUCCAUUGAGAGUCAAGAUGUGGUGUAGACUAGUGAAUUUAUUCACAUAUAUACAACCUGAGUGUAGCUGGAGGGAGCUGUAGAUCUUACAGCAUUGUCCUCUCAAGAGUGUCUCUCCCUGCUUCUCUCAUGGCUUCAGGCAGCUUGAGUCUAGAGCAGCCUGCCAUGCUCCCCAGUCUCUGUGUUACCACCUCUCCAGCCAGCACCCAAGAUGGUUCUGACCGCAUGGCAUCCCCUUCUUCCCAGUAUGGGAAAUGGCUGGCAUUAAAUAGUAAACAGUACAUUUAGUUUGUUCUUUGAGGAAGUGAUUUGUGGUGUUUGGUUAUUUUACCAGAGACACCUGCCAGAUACUGAAGAUGCUGCCACUAGACUUCUGAUGACCAGAUUUGCACUACGAUCAGUCCAGGCUCAAGCAAAACCUGCUGUAUUACAAAUGCAGCCCUCUUGUGACGAGUCUUUGACACCUCGUGGAUGCAGCCCUGUUCUUCAGUCAGCUAGCAAAGAAGAAGUGUGUGUAAAGGUAGGAAACUGCAGUAUGUGUGAGAAAGAUUCUUUUAGUAAUGAAUGUUGCCAGAUACAAGUUAAGCGAAGGCUGCCACAAGAAGUAUGAGGGGAAAGUGACGGGGCUAUCUAAAUAGUUCUCCUAGUGCAAGGACUUUUAGCUGGACUUUGCUCACUCUGUCCUUUCCUAUGUGACCCCCUAAGUUGGCCCCAGAGGGCUGGGGAAAACCUCAUAACAGAUUCAGGGGUUGCACAGGGAGAGAGGAGAUGAUGGGGAAGUUCCAUUUUGCAGCUAAAAGUCCUUGCAGUAGGGCAUGGGUAGGCAAACUAAGGCCUGGGGGCCAGAUCCGGCCCAAUCGCCUUCUCAAUCCAGCCCACGCACGGUCCGGGAAUCAGCGUGUUUUUUACAUGAGUAGAAUGUGUGCUUUUAUUUAAAAUGCAUCUCUGGGUUAUUUGUAGGGCAUAGGAAUUCGUUCAUAUUUUCCCCUGAAAUAUAGUCUGGCCCCCCACAAGGUCUGAGGGACAGUAGACCGGCCCCCUGCUGAAAAAGUUUGCUGACCCCUGCAGUAGAGGAACUGUUUAGUUGGAUACUGCCCGUAGGCCCAUAUUAGUAACAUUUACCAUUUGUCUCUUUUGCUGUAUCUUGUCAUCUGGGAUAAAAUUUUGUUGACUCUUCUAUCUUGAUCUAUUUCUAUAGUGAAAAUUAAUUUACUCAUUCUGUUGCAACUCUCUAGAAAUUAAAGAAACAGGAUGGGGUAGUUAGCAGUCUUAUAAAAAUGAAUGCAUGACCAAAUCUUAAAUAUCUCUUCCCCUGAUGUAGGUUGCCCAAUCCCUCUUCAGUGAUGAAGCUUUAAAACCUUGUCCAAGAUGUCGGUGUCCUGCAAAAUACCAAGCCUUUCAAAAAAGAGGACUCUGUAGCCGGGAAGACUGUGCAUUUGACUUCUGCACUUUAUGUCUUUAUGCCUUCCACGGAUCAAGAGACUGUAGCAGUCCAUCUGCUAAACGACAAAACAGAAAAGAUGCUCUGCCAGGAAGUGCAAAAAGCAAGAGAAACUUAAAACGUCUCUAA